GUUUCUCCUCGAUUAAAAGCAAUGACCUCACAAUUUAGCACAACACGUAAAAUAAUUCGUUUAGCUCAUUUUCUAGAACCUUAUUCAGAUUUACGUGAAUAUUAUACUGGUGCACGUAAAUUCCCUCAUUCUUCAACUUCAUAUGAAAAAGUUGUUUAUUAUUUAGGACUUAUUAAUGCAAUUGUUGGUAUAAUGAAUGAUAUAUUCGAUGAUUUAUAUUGUCUUGGUAAAAUUGAAGUUUUAGAUAAAUCAGUUGCAAAAUGGGCAGAGCCCAUUGCGAUUAAACUUUGGUUUUUCUGUAUUUGUUUGGAUAUUAACGAAUUCUUAUUCAAAAUUUGGCAAAUGAAUAAGAAAAUUGAAAAGGCUAAUUCAGAGGCUAAUUCAGAGGAAUUGGAAAAGUACCAACAUAGGUUAUAUUGGUUAAAAAUUA